AUGGUGUCUUCCAUCUAUGCUCUCGUCGGAGCGGUGGUCGCCUACGGCGUCUACUCCUACGUCUCCGGCUUGCAGCGCAACAUAGCUGAGGCAAAGAAGUCUGGCUUGCCUUACGUGGUGUCUCCUAUUUCGCCAUUCUCUAUGCUUUGGCAGCUAACACACAAACUCUGGCUCCCCAUCAUCAAGACCCUUCCAAAGACAUGGUGGGAGAACUGGCUACAAGUCGCAAUUCCCAACUGGUCCUACGAACUCCUCCACGAACCCUUCGCACGCCACGGCGAGACGUUCAUGAUCGUUUCCCCGUUCCAGAUCCUCAUCCUAACCGACAGCGCCGAGGCGAUCCACCAAAUCACCCAGCAGCGCGAAAAGUUCCCCAAGCUCGUCGAGACGUACGCGAUCCUCAAGCAGUUUGGCGAAAACGUCCUGACCACCGAGGGCGCCGCCUGGCGCAUGCACCGCAAGGUCACCUCCGCCACCUUCAAUGAGAAGAACGCCGCCCUCGUGUUUGCCGAGUCCAUCAAGCAGGCGCAGAGCAUGACGCAAAAGUGGCUCGGCGCGGACGGCAAGGGCACAAAGACGAUCGAGACGCUGGACCACGACACCAUGCGCCUCGCGCUCAACAUCAUCAGCUACGUGGGCUUCGGCAUGCGGCUGCUCUGGCCGGGGCAGGUGCUGCCUGCGGGGACAGAUCCGAAGCUUACCAAGUAUAGCUCUCUGGAGGCGCCGCCGGGACAUACGAUGAGCUUUGUGGAUGCGAUUGCCGAGAUGUUGGAGCAUAUUCUGGUCUUGUUGCUGGUUCCGCGGUGGCUGCUGAAGAGGCUUCCGUUCAAAUACACGAAGCUUGCGAUGGAUUCGCACGACAACUAUGUGCAGUAUAUUGACGCGUUGAUGCAAGAUAAGAUUGGGGACCUGCAAAAGGGCGAUCACGGGGACGCGGGUAUGGAUCUGAUGGGCCAGCUUGUGCGGUCAAAGUACGGCAGCGAGGGAGAGAUCAACGGAGGCGCCAACGGGAUCGUCAGCAAGGGCAAGGACUCAAAGAUCCCCCAGUUGUCAAAGUCGGAGAUCACCGGCAACGCCUUCAUCAUGCUUGUCGCCGGCCACGAGACGACAGCGAACGCCAUGCACUUUGGCUGCAUCGAGAUCGCCUGCAACCCGGCCGUCCAGCGACAGCUCCAGAAAGACAUUGACGGCAUCUUUGGCGACAGCGACCCCAGCACGUGGAACUACGACAGCACGGUCAACGCCAUGCUCGCGUCGAUGCUGGGUGCCUGCAUGAACGAGACGCUGCGCAUGACGCCGGCCGUGACAGAGAUCCCUAAGAAGGUCAACCCCGAAGGCGACGGCAUCGUGACCCUAGACGGCGAGAAGCACGCGCUGCCGCGGGGCGCCCACAUCUCCAUCGUCGGGGUGGCGGCGCACCGCAACCCGCGCAACUGGCCGUCGAAGCCGAGCAAGGUCACGGACGCGGCGCACGACCUGAACGACUACGUCCCGGAGCGGUGGUACCGACAGAACAUCAACGGCGAGCAGACGGAGGACAAGGGUGGUGACACGGAGGACUACGGGGGAUACAAGGGGUCCGACACCAGCGAGAAGAUGUUCCGGCCGGUGCGGGGGUCGUACGUGCCCUUCUCCGACGGCCCACGGUCGUGUCUGGGGCGGCGCAUUGCACAGGUAGAGAUUAUUGCUGCGUUAUCUGUCAUCUUCCAGCGGUACAGCCUCGAGUUGGCGGUGGACGAGUGGGCUAGUGAUGCCGAGGUCGAGGCGAUGAGCCAGGCGGAGCGGGCGAAGUUGUAUAAGAAGGCGCAGGAUAAGUGCCGGCAGACGCUGAAGACGGCGAGCACGAUGUUGACGUUGAAGUUGCCGCAUGGGACGACUGUUCCGCUGAGGAUCGUGCCCAGGGGAAAGGAGAGGUUUGUAAAUUUAGUGGACUCUGCCUAG